AGCCGGCCUCGCACCCAACCCUCCUAGCGACUCCGGUAUCAAUGCCGAUGAAACGGUUUUCCAUCCAUUUUUCAGCGGAAACCAGACGAACCUCCAACACGUAUUCCAGGAUAUCAUUACGACUGUCAAAACCUAUAAUAAGUGCAGACUUCCCUAGCUUCACUGCGGCCUAUAAUGAGCAAUCAUAUGCUUUCCAGUCCAUUGCCAGCAUCGACUUGAUACUUGGGGACAACAUGAGUGCAUACGACAGCGUUGUCGAGGUAGGCGCCAGCAAGCGUGGUUUCGCCAUAUACAUGGCGGACAACGCUCUUUCACAUCACUAUGUCGAUGAAAUCGGCGUGCUGUUUAGCCAGAUGGCUGCUGACUCGACCAUCACGAAGCUUCGUAUUUUCUACACUACGUUCCACGUACAAGGGGAUAAGACCAGCAAGAAUACCGGGGGCCUACGCCCAGAAAGACUAUGCUAUCAACAGAAGUGCGUUCAGGGUCGGGACCUUCGCAUUGGUGACUCAUGCGAAGACAUUCGCGCAGAAGAUCUUCAAGACUCUUAUUGGUGCCUAUCUGGGUGAUAACAGCACUCUUAUCGAUAUCUAGAUCAAGUUUUACUUUGAGCGACAUCUCAGCACGAGUGUAUAAAAAAUAUGUCCGGUAAACGAGUACGCUUUUAUUCCUAAGAUUCCUGAGUAUAGCUACUAGCUGAAUUUCUAAUGAUCUCGGGGGUCUGGGAGUAGCAGGAAUAGCUUCAGCCCC